AUGUCACCCAAAACAGAUGAGGAGAUGGAGCACAUGUCUAGUGUUCCCUAUUCGAGUGCUGUUGGUAGUAUCAUGUAUGUUAUGGGUACUACAGAUGUUGAUCUGACAUUUAACAGGGCUAAGAUGAGUGAUUCAGUUGUUAGCUAUGGAGAUUCAGAUUUUGCAGGGGACUUAGACAAGAUGAGAUCUUUGACAGGUUAUUUGUUUACUCUUUUUGGAAGUGCUAUCAGUUGA